AACAAUCCAACCACGAAGCGGACGCGAAAGGGUAGCCAACGAGGCAAAACCGGGUGUCCAACAUGUCGAGCUCGACAUGUGAAGUGUGAUGAGCGAAGGCCCUUCUGCUUGAAUUGCACAUCAACUGGACGCAAAUGCGAUGGAUAUGAAUGCGCCAAGGCUCUAAGCCAUCAACAGACUACGUCGUCCCCGGGACUUGCCCGGUUAAUUACCAGCAUGAUGAGUCCAUGGAGCGAUUCUCAGGUAGCCUUGGCUCCUACCUUAGGGCUUUCUGCAAAUGAACAGAGCAACCGCUUCUUCCACAGCUUCCUCCACGAUUGCGUACCAGUUCUUACGGAAACCAUGGACUCCGAGUUUUGGCAAAGGGGCAUCCUAAGAGCUUCCUCUUCUCCGGCCGUACAGCAUGCAGCCAUUGCCUUUGGCGCUGUAUAUGAGCAGCGAGUGGCAAAUGAUGGGAGGCUCGCAUCAAGUCCAAAUGACAAGAGACUCGGGGUCCUCUCUUCGCUGUGUUACGCGAAUGCAAUUCGGAUUCUGCGGCAUUGCGUCGCAGAAUCGUCCCAGGCUCCGGAAAAGCUUGAGGAGAUCAUGAUCACAUGCCUAAUCUUUAUUUUCAUGGAAAUCCUCCGGGGAGACGAUAUAGCCGCUGUGACCCAUCUUGACGGCGCUCUCAAAAUUUACAGCUGUGGACCGCCACCCGGCCAAGCUCUCUUCCACCUCAAGGAGAACAAGGUCACAUCUGAGAUGGACACCACACUUGAAAAGCUCACUAAUGCCUUCUUACGACUCGACAUCCAAUCUGUCCAAUACAUGGGCUCUCGAACUCCAUGGGAGCCAGACCGAGCCUCACUUUGGUUUCAGACACGGGAGGACAUUCCUGCUACGUUCGAGACAUUAUUGGGUGCCCGCGACAGUCUGUAUGCGCAGCUCGCGAACAUCAUGAACUUCGUCACGCCUCUAGAAGGUGCUGAAAAAUGCUUUCCAGCAUGGAGUCCGCAUCCAGACCGAGGGUUUGACAUUUACACCGUCUUUCAUGGCAGUACAUACCGGGAUUAUGAUUUACCGAAAGCCGCUACAAAACGUCGGCAUUUCAUGUACAUUCUUUCUCGCUGGAAGAGCGCAUUUCAGGGUUUCCUGCAGAAGGGGACAGUGAAAACGCCAGAGGCUUUGGCCGGUUGCGCAUUGCUAUUGCUGGCAUACUAUACAACGCGGAUUAACUUAGCUGUUUCCUAUACUACCGAUGAGUGCUGUUACGAUGAGCAACUUUCAUCGUUCAAGAAAAUUAUGGAGCAAGUUAAGGUGCACCUAAAAUACACCACUCAUGCGUCACCGUCGCAACUGCCAAGAGACCCCAACGGCAAUCUUCCUUACAAUAUGCCGAGACUCAAACCCAGGAAGAACCAUUUCAAAGUCCAUUCAACCCUCUGUUAUCCACUCUACUAUACGGCAUUGGAAUGCCGCUACAAACCUUUGCGCCAGUCCGCUCUGGCAUUGCUGCGAAACGCUGACAGUGAAGGCAUCUGGGACGCGGAUAUGUUGGCCAGAAUCGCCGAAUUUGUCAUCGAUGUCGAGGAGCACCUCGAGCCAGAUUCUCGCAAUGUAUCAGCUGAUUCUCCAAGUUUUGGGGUGCCAGAAACAAACAGAAUCCAUUGCCUCUCGUUGAACGUCGAUAAAGACCGGGGAAUUGUCUGGCUCAGAUACAACAGAAGGACUAUGGAAACACAAGGAGAAAUUUCCGACAGUUCUGACCCUCUCAAGAGAUGGAGGAUUAACAGUACUACCUUGGCAUGGAAAGAUUCCACCGCAGUGAGUGUGGAAAUAGUUGAUCCUGAAUAAUCCGGACAAGAUUCGCUGUCUUCCGCUACUCUUUCUUGGGAAAGUCGAACACUCUCGCAUCGAUCUGCCCAAUCUCAAUAUUAAAGAAACGAUUCGCGAUCCCCGCCCUCGUUGUCACGUCGUAGAAAUCAUAUCCCGCAACCGUGCAGCUCGAAUCAAGAUACAGCGUUACCGAGCCGGAGUUCUCAUACACAAUCUUCCACUGCCACGGAAUUAGUAUUGCCGCCACUAGAGACGAGAAAUUCUCAGCGCUCAGAACUCACACUUGCGACCUCACCUAGCCAUUUGUCCUCCACUACACCCGCAAAGACAGCAUUG